UUCCCCACAACACAAGCAGCACAGAAGCUUCUCUCAAGUGAGAUUUUUGCUCCGCAUUCCCACCUUUUUCGAUACAUCUCUUCAUUUGCAUCUUUUCUGAAUUUUCAGGAGAAAACGAAUUUUCUCUGUUUGCGUCUCUUCGUUCUCUUUUCUUUUGUAAAGAGACUGGUUCUCUUCUUCUACAGCAUCUUAGGCUUCCUGAAACCAAAUUCCUCCACUUGGGUCCUUCUAUAUUAUUCUUGCACCUUAUUCAAGUGAAUUUCUUCCCAUUUUUCGUCUUUUAUUUUCUUUUGGAACAUCUCAAGCUUCUUCAAAUCAAAUUUCUUCUCUUGGGUCCUUUUUGUUUAUCAUUUUUUUUUUUCUUCAAAGGGAGUGGAUCUUAUAGAACUAGCUUCUAGAGUCAAAAGUCUUCUCUUGGGUCUUCUUUUUAUUUAUUUAUUUUUUUUUCACUUUUGUAUACCUUGUUCAUCGAGUGUCUAUCACGCUUAUUUAAUUGAAUUCCUUUCCUUGGGUCCUUUUUUUUUUUUCCUUCCGUUUUAUGAGAUCUAGAUCUUCUAGAGAAUACAAAGCUUCUUAAAAUCAAACACCUCUCUCUCUCUCUCUCUCUCUCUCGGCUCGGAUUUUCCAUACUCCAUCCAUUUACUCUCUUUCUCAAAAUCAAUGGCUGUAGCUACAGUAACAUCGGCCUGCAAUGCCACCACUUCCCAAAGCUUCUCCUUUGAAAACAAUAACGGGGCCCACCUCCGCGACGCCUCAUUUUCAUCCUAUCUGAGCAAUGACGACGACAUCUUCACUCUAAAACUCGGAGAGUCGACUCGGAGCCUGACUCCCAUCACAACCACAUCCCCAGAGCCUGCGUAUCAAACAAGCUUGGAAUUGAAGUGCAAUCAAGAGACCGAGAUCGACGUCUUCAGUGCAGAGAAAUACUUCAACGGAGGAAUAUACAAGGAGGAAACGGUAAUUCCUGAGAUGGUCGGGAAGCAUCAUCCAAACAAAGACGAGAAAAUCAAUAUACCACGACCAAAGACUGCAAUUAAGUCAUCGACUCCAAGCGUCCGCUCGGAAGCAAGUUGGAACAGCCAAAGCGCACUGUUGCCAAGCCUUCGAAAAGACCCGUCGAUGAAUGCACGGAAACAGGCGAGCGGUAAGCGAUUUUUCAUUGGUUUUGGUUGCAACUGUUCUGGUAAGAAAUCCGUUGACAUUGAUGAAAUUUCAAGCCAUUCCAAGAAAAUCGUCGAUCUUGGGGAACCUCGAAGCACGGAUAUCUUCAUAAAAGAACCAUCUGAUGUCGGCCGGAAUCUGACAGUUUUUGCCGUGAAGAGGCAAAACCGGCCCGAGUUCCGGCAGAGAGAAGAGAUGGAUUGGCCGGUGACUGAGAAAGGGGGCGCUGGGUUCAACAGAGAAAACUGUUUUGCUUUCCCAAUUUCAAAUCCCGUGGCAGGAAAUGUGACCGUUGGAGGGCAGUUGGAAGUAGAAAAGGCGCGAAUCUCGUUGGAGGUGUUUGGUACCCCUUCGUUUAGAAAGGAGGACCCGGACUCAAGUCUCCAAACGAGGUUUACCACGAUGACUUUAGACACCGGCCGGAGAAUCGAGAAUAUUCCGGCUCCUCACCGCAACAGCGGUGGUGGUGACGGUGAGGAUGAUCUACGAAGCGAUGCGAGUUCGGAUUUAUUCGAGAUCCGAAGCCUUUCGGGUUCGGGCCACCCGUUUUUCAAUCCAGAGGCACCCGACGAUGCGUCGACUACAUGCUACGAGCCGAGCGAGGCCAGCAUAGAGUGGAGCGUGGUCACAGCUAGUGCCGCUAAUUUCUCAAUAACAUCAGAUUUUGAUGAUCGACGGUUAAUAGAAAAUGAUCCAAAUGCAAGAAAUAAGAUUACAACCGCUGCCAAAACCAAGUUAAAGGAAGGACAUCAUCGCCAAGCAAGUUCAUUGCUUGGUUGCAAGGGUGACAAGGCAGUGAAGGUUGCUACAGAUACAUACCGGAUCACACCAAAACCCGACCCGCAUAGGCAUCGACGGUCGGAUUCGAUGGCAUCGUUGGCGAGAUUGCAGGGCGAGAGGCGGGUCAUGGAUUUCGAGUCGGCACAUGCUCAACUUGCUUUCGGCACACGCUCGCUUUCACGGUCCCGAUCGGCGCACAUGUUGCAUUCUCUUUACAUGCAUUAGGACUUGUACUACAUUAGCGGACCACUUGGAGAAGAGUAUGUAUUUUUUUAAGAGUAAUGCAAGUUCUCGUGGCUGAUUAUGCUUGGAGUAUGGAGGUUGAUUUGUGUCCGUUGAUGGACGGUUGUAAGGCAAUGGAUCAAGGUGGGCCGGAGGAAUAUUGUUUGAAUUUCGCUCCUACUAGUUUUUGCAAGCUUGUGUAGCGGUUGCUUUGUUAAAAUAAAUAAAUAAUGCAUGUAUUUUUGAAAGCUUGUGUGUACUCAGAUGUUGUAAAGUUAACUGAGUAAUGGUGACUGAUUUCAUAUUUUUUUCUUU